CGGCAAACGAGUGUAUUAUCUCAUCAAUGUCCAAGUCAACUACAGGGCGUACUCUCCCUAUAAAUAACCAGUAAAAUACUGUCGUUUGAAGACGAUAGACAAGCAUCACCCAGUCAUCAUCAUCAUCAUCAUCAAGAAAACCCCUUCACCUUCAAAAUGAGCAAGAUCUCAGACUUUGGUCUCCUCUCCUUCGACGUCUACGGCACUCUCAUUGACUGGGAGACUGGCGUUCUGAAUGGUCUCAAGCCCCUUCUCCAGUCCAACAAUGCCGAAAUCUCUCGAGAAGAUCUCUUGAAGACCUACCAUGAGGCUGAGGUUGCUCAACAGAAAAAGACUCCUGACAUGAAGUAUUCUGAGCUUCUAACUACCAUCCACCCUCAUGUUGCAGAGCGUCUCGGCUUCUCUAAGCCCACAUCUGAACAAAACAAGGCCUUUGGCGACUCAAUUGGAUCAUGGCCUGCAUUCCCUGAUACUGUUGAUGCUCUUCGUCGUCUCGGCAAACAUUACAAGCUCGUUGUUCUGUCUAAUGUCGACCGCGAGUCCUUCUCCGGCAGCAAUGCAGGUCCUCUUCAGGCCAUUCCCUUCGACCUGAUUAUCACUGCACAAGACGUUGGAAGUUACAAACCUAACCUGAACAACUUUAAGUAUAUGUUGCGGGAAGUGGAGGCUAAGUUUGGUAUUCCCAAGGAAAAGGUGCUGCAGACUGCGCAGAGCCAGUUUCAUGAUCAUCAGCCCGCGAAGCAGAUGGGCAUCAAAUCAAGCUGGAUUGAGAGACCUGGAGCUAGUAUGGGUAACACAGAGGAUCCUGUAUAUGAUUGGAAGUUUGCCACGCUUGGGGAUAUGGCUGAUGCGUUGGAGAAGGAAAUUGCUAGCAAGUAAAUGAGUCUAAACUUGAUAUAAACCAUGUAAUACAGAUCAUUUGUGAAAAAUUAUUAAACUCUUAA